CCCAUUUUUUGAACUUCUUGACCCGCCAUCUCUCUCUCUCUCUCUGAAGAUCGAUUCGUCAACAACCUGGUUUGACAAGAUGUCGUCCCUGGUUCCCCCUGGAGACCAUUGCUUUUACAGCCGUAAAGAAAAAUCUCUCGGCGUCUUGUGCUCCAAUUUUCUGAAGUUGUAUAAUCGAGAUGGCGUGGACUCGAUUGGAUUGGAUGAUGCUGCAAACCGAUUAGGUGUUGAAAGGCGGCGAAUUUAUGACAUUGUGAACAUUUUAGAAAGUGUUGGUGUUUUGUCCAAAAAAGCAAAGAACCAGUAUUUUUGGAGAGGUUUUGGUGGAAUCCCUAAGGCUUUAGAUAUGCUUAAGGAGGAAGCAUUGAAUGAGAACUUGUCUACCUCCAGUUCCUGCCUUUCAGAUUAUAAUGUUUCACAUGACUAUCUUUAUGAAGGGCUUCCAACUUCCGGGAAAGACAAGCCCUCGGCAUCAUGCAAAGUUGACAGCAGAAAGGAGAAAUCUCUCGGGCUUCUCACCCAGAAUUUUAUCAAGCUGUUCAUUAGUUCCAAGGCGGAUUUGAUGACUCUUGAUUACAUUGCAAAAGCUUUGCUGGGCGACAUCCAUGAUCCAACAGCUAUGAGAAAUAAUUCUGCAGCAAAAGUCAGGCGCCUCUAUGAUAUUGCAAAUGUCUUCUCAUCCAUAAAUCUCAUUGAAAAGACUCAUCACCCGGAAAGCAGGAAACCAGCAUUCAGAUGGUUGGGGUUGGAAGGAAGUCCAAAGGAUGGACCUGUUACUGCUCUGAAAUUCAACGAGAUUAAAAAAAGAGUUUUUGGAACUGAGAUCACGAACAGUCUUCCAAAGAAGUACAAGAAAGAAUCUUCACUGGAUUGGAAUUCAAACAAGAAGGCAGAUACACCAGUGCUUAUGAGAUGCAACAAUUUGAUAGAUGAACAUGACAGGAACUCAUUGUUGCAGCCACGGAAACAUACCUCCAAUGGUUUUGUGUUUGGCCCCUUCACUCCAGCCAGUGUGGCCGACCUAGGACAUUCAGAAAACAAAAAUGUAAGGCAAGUUCAAGACUUAGAGGACCUGGCUUCUCCUUAUGGUCCUCGGUAUCGCAACCAAGCUCUUACUGACCUUUUUGGUCAUUAUCGCGCAGCAUGGAAAUCAUGGUAUGUUGAAGCUGCUGAGAAGAAACAUAUACAAAAAGGAAGUAUCCUGAAUUCCUGAUGCGAGUUUCGGUCUUCGCGAUUCCUGUGACUCAAAUGCCCAGGACACAUUCAACACAGCAAUCCUACACUCCACUCUUUCUUGAUGCUUAGCUUGUGGCUACAUGUUGGAUGCAUUUUCUUGAUGCAUCAACCGGAGUAGCCAGAAUCCAUUUUCUGUCAUCUAAGAUUCCGAAAUCAUGGCAUUGAUGAUGCUUCUUGAUUUCUAUGGUUGUAUAUUCUACUUUCUUAGCUUGAUAGGAAGAACAUGAAAGUUAUGCCUCGAUGAGGAGUACGAUCAAUUUAUCUUGUUUCUAGAAGAAAUUUCAAUUAAAUUCUCUA